CAGCCUCCUAGGUGACAUUUUUCCGAACCUUGAACGGAUCGGGGGUUUCGCGUGAUCACGGGAGAAGCUCACGUGAUAUAGACACACAUCAUCAACAGACUGCCCGUGCUCUAAGCACUGCUGUCCUCUUCGCCGCCCUCGUGGUAGGCCCGUCCAUUCUCGACAGCUCUUCAACAGGAGACAUGGAGAAGGGGUCCAUUCUGAGUGUCGGUUGUGCCCUGGUUCCAGUGCCGUUGCUUUCCAUCCGAGUGUCUACGAUCGGUCUCGACCUCCAGCGACAGCGACAACGACGAUCGAAAUGGCGACGUAUCUCCGCCACGUCUGCGCAACACCGAAUGAAACGUCGGUCCCGGGGGCCAAGAAGUCCUCCCGGGUUUUGAUUCUUUUUCGAUCCGCCUGUACUGUGGGGGUCGUGCUCGAUCAAGUGCGGAUGACCUAGCUCCUCCUGUCUCGCGUGCGCCGACGGCAUCUCCUAUCUAGUCCAUCUCUCUUCCUCCCCCUCCCUUUUCUCUUGAUUACCCAUCCCCUUCGCCAGGCUUCUCGCCACCUUUCCCCGCCCCCACACCCACUAUCUGGAUGUCGGAUACAUGGUACUCUAGUAGCUCGACGCUGACAACGACGCCGCCGGCACGCUCUUCACCGGCUCUCUAUCCCCCCGCGUCAGCUCUGGGUCUCGGCCUGGGCCGCAGAUCGCAGCUGUCGAAGGAGACGACAAGGCUGACCUGCGGCGCCCCGCUGGGAGUCCCACCGGAUCUCCUUGCCGCGCAGCUGGAGGUCGGAGGGGACGGAGAAAAGGAGAGGUAUCGGGUCCCGUGCUUGCCCACACCGCUGGAAUCGUCGGCUCCGGAGCCGGGGUGUUCCGCCCAGCGCACUGGCACGAGGAGCACAGGGUGCGGGGCGCUCGUCCACGCCAGAGCGUCGCCGACAUCCGGCAGGACAUGGUAUGCGCCGGGCGAAGGAUCCGGCGCCACAGUUAUUCCCCUCGGGGACGAGUACUUCACUGUUGCGCAGAAGAAAAUCCUCGGUGGAGGCCCGCGGGUCGACGUGUGUGGGUGUGUGACCAACGGCGUCGGGUGUGCGGUUUGCGGCAACACACUCGGACUGCUCAAAACUGCAUGCAACUCCCACGCGGACUGCUUUUCGGGCUUGCCGCGGGUCCACUACACGCUCCUUUCGGAUGCCGUCUCUCCGCCUCUUGCGCGGCGUCGCAAACACACCCCUUCCCAUUCACCCUCUCCGCACGUCCUUGACAUUGUCGAUGCGAUCACACGACGUAGCCGCGAGCCCUCGCCACCGCGCAUGCAGCGCCAGGCGAGGGGUUUCGGCUUCUCGCGGAUGAAUCACAGCACGGCAUCGGCUGCACACUCCCCGACCAUGCCUCCCUUGGAGGUCAUUACCGACUCGGAUGAUGAGAAUCGCUACGGUCGGCUACACACCGGGCACGGACUGGCGCCUGGCUUUGGCUACGACACAUCUGAUUACACAUCUACUCAUGGACGCGCUCGUACAACCCCGGUCGAUCGUGUACUGCAUUACAGCCCACCACUAUCUGAUGCUGCUGAAGCAGCCGGCGGCAUCUAUGCAGAUGCGUCGGCGGAUAUGCUGGUCUUCCGUCCCGCGGGCAGUGGAUACUACCCGCGGAUACCCGUAGGCAUGUCUUCGUCUUCCUCGUCGGCGUCCGCAUGGUCCACGCCCUCUUCAAUUGCCACGCCAAUAUCGAUUUCAAUCCCGGCAUCACCCAGCUCGGUCUCGCGCGCCCAUUCGACUCCGCCGGGCACGACCAUUCCCAGAUCGGAGGAGCUGCCCAUGUCAGAGCGGGAUCUCAGUGCGGCUGCGUUGCGCUAUCGACAGCCGUCGUCACAUCCUAUGCGCAGUGGGCUCAGUGCGCCGGCUGGUGCCAGCCGGAUGGUGCGGUCAGCUGAGCGGUGAUCCAUCCUGGCCCUUCAUCUUUGUGAGGACUGUUAGUCCGCAUAUAAUGCCGAUGUUCUAGUUAAUACUCAAUAAUGCGGUAUCUAUCUAAUCAUGUACUCACUCGUGUACGUACGUACUUACUAAUACUAUGGCGGAGAGGACCACGAAGUGUCCCAGAUGAAUCCCAGACCAAAAUUGACCAAUUUUUCAAUGCAGAGCCAGACUGCUAUGAUCGAUACACAGUAGGCAGCACAGAAGUCGAUCGAACUGACUACAGAGCACCAUUCCGUAGUGCCGAUGCCUUCUCCCUCUCCAGAAUGCCCCAGCUUGGGAGACCGCACUGUGCGGGCAUAUGAUCCCAGAACAUAUCCAGCAGCUCCCCAUCCACCUGCUUGAUGGCUUGUUAACACGGCGCCGGGAAUGAUCUCCUGUGCGCACUCAUGCACUUGGUGCUCCGCAUCUGACUGAGGGGGUGUUUCCGCAUGGGGAGCGAUCCAGGCACGCGGACUGUUCCCUCAUCCUCCGAGUCAAAGUCAGAACAAACAACAUCCGAACUCCCCUCUGCUUCAGCCCAAUCCAGUCUGCACCCAAUCCCUUCGACCCACUAGCCCAUCUUUCCGACAGCACACGACUCGCAGCCCCACUCGAACUCGUGGUUGAUAGGGAGUCUACGCAGCUUCGAGUUUAUCCGCCGGUUGCACAUCUGCAUCGAGCGGCACGUCAUGUGUAGCGCCGGGGACAGGCCCGCCCACUGCUAGCCAGAGCGGGAUCGUCGUCGAGCGAGUACGUGGAGACGGCGCAGAUGAUGGCUGAGAGAAGCCAGCGGGCUUGAACAGCGAGCACAGUGGAGAGCGCGUCUAGAUGACCCUGCAGGAUCUCCGCACGCUCGCUGGGGUCCGCCGGUCAAGGUAGGGCUGCCAUUUCCUCUGGAAGUGGUCCGAGAAGGUGGUGGGCUAGAUCUCCUCUAGCUUGACCAAAGCUUGUCGGAUGAGGGGCUUCGCUUGGUACUUGUGUGCCAGCCGCAGAACGCCGAGGACCGCGACCAGUUAGAGGUCUUCUGACCUGGUUUGGCCGAACGAGCUGCAGAAUGUCUUAGAUCGAGAUAUGCCUAGGCCCUAAGCUAGUUAUGAGACGACCCCGACGCACGUAUGUCGAAACAUCGCACGUAAAAAGCGCUCGGUCUCGUGGGCUGUGUCGUAUAAGGGCAGAAUCAUGAUGCCUUCCAGGUACUCUCGCUCCAUGUUUCCACUGGACGCAUCGUCUUGCAGGUUGGGCAACGACUCCAGCACGUGCGGGAACUAUAAAAGUGGCUGGCGCGUCACAUGGAGCAUUGAAAUCUCUGCGUGGAUGACGACCAGAUCGUGCAAAUCGCCUGGGGACCAGAGGUCGUCAGCGUGUUGGAAUAGCAUGGAAGAGGGGGCCAUUGUCGAGGAAGUGGUAACUGAUGAUCCUGAUACAUGCGAUUCAUUCCAUCAUCCUUCUGGGGACAAAGCAAGGUCGAGGGCCAAAGCGUUGAGGGCCAAGGCACGGAGGGAUGGGGAAGACAAAACAGGAACAACGAGUUCCCG